GGGAGGUGAUGGGUAGAGCGGUGGUGGGAGGUUUACUCAGCGCCGUAUAUAAAGCCGGUGGCUCAACCGUCGGCAGCUCGCAGAUUUUACACGAGACGAGGGGCAUUUUUGGCUCGCACAGAAAGAGCCAGAAUCAACCUCCAACAACGUCUCAUCAACGUCUCCUGAACGACCACCGGCAUAUCGGUGCCUCGGCCGCUCAAACAUAGAGAGCAGCCCUCGCACCCCUCGCCGAACAAAAGCAAGCGUACCCACCGGACAAUCCGCUAAGCCGCUGUCGGCCGAGCGCCCCACGAUCGUGCGGCCGCCUCGGAAGAACCGAUAAAACAACAGCAACGUCUCGCCGCACGCGGACCCACAUCGCCGCUGACCAUGCGCACGACCGACUUCUUCAACGUGCCUCUCUCCUCGGCCGCCAACCCGGGGCCCGUCAACACCUCCACCUUGGGGCCCGCCAAGGUCCCGCGGAGGAACGCGCUCGCCCUGGACGCCGCCAGCGACGAGCCACCGCCGGCCUCCCAGCGGACGCACUUUCUGACGUUCGCGUCGGAGGCCGCCUUCCUGACGGUGCGUCGCAGCUGGCUGAGCCUCCUCGAGAGCGGCUUCUACUGGGGCCCGCUGAGCCAGGCCCGCGCCGCCGCCGAGCUCGGGGGCCAGGAGGACGGCACCUUCCUGGUGCGCAACAGCGCCGACUCGCGCCACCUCUACACGCUGAGCGUGCAGACGCCGCUCGGCGCCGCCAACGUGCGCAUCAAGUUCGACGGCGGCGCCUUCUACCUGGAGACGGAGCGCGAGCUCGAGGUGAGCGCGCCCAAGUUCGAGUGCAUCAUCAGCCUGCUCCAGUACUACAUGCGGCGCACGGCCGCAGAGGAGGAGGAGGAGGAGGAAGAAGAGGAGCGGCGGACGAGGAGCGGGGGUUGCGGCGGGGCAGCGUCGCCGAGGAGAUCCAGGGGCGUGCCCCUGAGGCUGCGGCGGCCCCUCGGGAGGUCGCGCCGCCCGCCCAGGCUCGACCACUGCUGCAGGAGGACGCUGAGCGCCUGCUGCGCUCAGUCCGGGAGCAACUCGGCACUUGAGGGGCUGCCACUGCCGAGCAAACUCAAGGAGUUCCUCGCCGUGUACCCCUUCCAGCUGUGAAGGCUUUCCCGUCGAUCGCCGGAGGCGGCGUUUUGGACCACCGUGGCUUACCAUCACGUCGCCACUUAUAGCAGCCAAAUGCUCUAAACGUCCAUCGAUUCACAUUCCUAACGUGCAGGGAAAAAACUGAAGGAUCCCCGAGAAAAGUCCAUACCACCACGGCGAGAGAGAGACGCAUCAGGGUGGGGAUGGAAACCCACGACCUCGCGUAUACCAGGCGAAGUAGUUAACAUCUCGCGCCUCCGUGAGCGACGACUCCUGAAGCCACCCGAUCGCAACAUGAACUCGUAAACAGGAUCAGAAUCUUUAUUGAGACUGGAAAGAUGCCCAUUGAACGCUCCUGCACUCCCGCGUCCCGCCGUGCGAAAGCAGACGUCGGUCGCGGUCACACGGGCCUCUAUUUAUUUGCUGUAAUAUUUUUUGUACAUGUUACACGAUGUGUUUCGUUUCUAUAUAUGUAUAAUAUCUAUUUUUUGUAACAAUAAACUGUUGAUAUGACAGAUCGGUCACGUCAGGGUUGUACAAUAAAACUUCCCGUUACCGAUGGACAUUUUGCGGGGCGUCGGCAAAUUUCUCUUGAGAUGUCAAGACAAAGCGAUGUGUCCAAAAGUGGAGCUUCGACAAUUGCGCAGAUUGGUCGAUAAACAUCGGUCCUCUGGUCCUCCAGAAGCUGGCGAUCCACGCCUCAAAUUGCGUGCGCGUGAGAGAGAUGGGUGGUGCUCGACAUCGUAAAAAUACCGGUGCACCCCACGGAACGGUUGUUCACGUCAGGCGAGCCUAGCCGCCGCUAAGAGUCUUCGACGUUUCGCCGCCGCGCCCUACUUAAGGAUGGAACGGCGACGGGUGCGAUAUUCGACGAUUCGUCGUCGUAUCGCUGUGGGGGGGGGAGGUUAAUGGUUACGCCCUCAAGGUAGCCGUUGGCUACCGAGUACAAAGUGUGCCGCAGCUGAUUGUUAACGGACACGUUGUUCACAAACUGCUGCCAUCAUCACCGUCAUCCUUGUUCUGAACUUCACUUUUUUGCCAGUGAAAUACCUCCACGAUGACUAUCUCGGUUUGUAAUAAAGAGUUGAAUAGUUGACCAAA